AUGGCCACUCGGGUUGACGGAAGCCAUGGAGAUGAACUGAUCACCUGGUGGCAUGAAGACAACAUCACGGAGAAGAGGGAGCUUCAGCCAGAGGAAGAUCGGAGAGUUGUGCGCUCGCCCUUCUUUGAAGUUUCUGUGUGGACCGCGGCGGAGCCCGAAAAGGCUGACCGGAGGCAGAAGCCAUUUCCUUACUUCUCAUGGCCUCGUAUGGGACGCCAGAAGUGGGGCUACUCCAAGGACGACGGGGCCGAGGAUUUCGACAGGAAUCACUGCACCUGCACAUGGGCACACUUCCUCUAUUCGACUGAUGUCUGGGUAGAGGUCACUCUCUUGGGUGAUGCAGACCGCCCCAAUAUUGCAGAAGAGAUCCUCGUUCGUCCUCGCAAGAUUUCGGAACAAACUGAGGGCGGAUACUGGCGGCCAGAGAAAUCGGGAAAGAAUGCCGUGAAGAUCAAGAUACCUUACAGCGCAGAGGGCUUGCGUUUUUCCCUGGAGUUCAGCUGGGAGAUCUUUACAUUCCAGCACGAAGGUCGCGACAUCGCGGAGAUACCUCACAAUGCUCUUAUCCUGUUUGCGGAGCCCAUUGAGAAGCAGAUCAGGCCAGAGGAUGUUUUCUCCGCAGAGGAGCUUGAAUCGAAAGUCCACUACAUCGAUGCUGAGAAGGACUUCCCGUUGAACUUAGAUGCCGUCCACAAGCCCGUCAUCUACUUUCCGGCCGGCGUCUAUGCCAUGGCAUGGAACUAUCAUGCGUACCUCAACAGUGAGAUCGAGUGGAUCUAUCUGGCACCGGGGUCAUACAUCAAAGGUGCGAUACAGUUCCGUGGCGAAAGUGGGAAAACGCCUGAGAAGCUGCGAAUCACAGGAGCCGGCACUAUUUCCGGCGAGAAGUAUGUCUAUGAGUGCGACAAGGAAAACGGCUACGCGACUCGGCCAGCGCAUGAAGCAGGAGGCUACGAAGGGCGCUGCCUGAAGAUGAUGGAGUUCUAUUCGCCUGGGGACAUGAACCAGGAGCUGGAGGUUCACGGCAUCACGCUCACGAAUCCACCCUUCCAUUCCUUUACCGUCUACGGAAGCCUGGACCAGGCAUGCUCCAAAUUCGCCACCAGCGUGGAGAACUACCACAUGGUAGGAGUUUGGUACUACCAAACCGAUGGCCCCGAGGUUCCCAGCUGGUCCAUGGUCCAGAACUCCUUCUUCCAGACUGGGGAUGAUUGCAUCAAGCUCUACUGGAGCCAUGUGACGGUGCGGAGGAUUACGGCCUGGUUUCAAGGAAACGGUGGCUUUAUCCAGUUCGGUUGGAAGCCUCGCAACCUUACCCAGAUCACGUGUGAGGAGGUGGACGUGAUCCAUGACCUUUCUCGCUACAGGCAGGCCGACAACUGUGCCAUCGUUUGCGCAGCCGACCUGAUCACGGACAGCGACAAGGCGGCUGCACACGAGUUCUGUAUUGAAAGCCUGGUGCUGAGGGAUAUCCGCGUGGAGGGGAAGUGCAUGUGUCCUAUCCGUAUUGCGGUUCAGUCCCAGAUCCAGAAUAUCAAAAUUGAGCGCUUAUGGAUUGACGAGUGGGAUCGAUCAGAGGACCGGUGUGGCCUCAAGGACUUCAAGAAGAAUUCUCAUGUGACAAAGUACUUCAGUGAUUUGAAGGAGGCUUUCCUUGAAAUCUCUGACUUUCGGAUCGGCGGCGACGUGGUCACUGAAGCGAACGCAGAAUCCUUGGGCAGGAUGACAGUCGACCCUCUUUUCCACAGCAAGUGGUGCCUCCUAGCCUCCCCUGAACAUAGCCGACAAGAGCAUCAAGAGCAUCGUCCGCAUCCUCGGCCCGCCAACAAGUGUGUUACGAUGUGA